ACUGGUCAAUAAAAAUGAAGUACAAUAUUACCUUCUCUUCAUUGUUUGCCAAAAUUAUCAUCUUUCUUCUUUCAUUCCUAUUGGCAGCUUCAGCUCAUCACGAUCAUGAAGGCUUUCUUCGUUGCCUGACCACUCGUAUAUCCAAGUCCAACUCCUCCAUUUCUCAACCCAUUAUCUACACUCCAGAUGAGCCGUCGUAUUUCAUUGUGUUGAAUUCAUCCAUACAAAAUUAUCGUUUUUCUUCUUCUUCGACCAAAAAACCAUUUGUUAUCAUCACUCCAUCUCAUGCCUCCCACAUCCAAGCCACUAUUCGUUGUUCUAAGAAACAUGAUAUUCAAAUCAGAACCCGAAGUGGUGGCCAUGAUUAUGAGGGUCUUUCUUAUGUGUCAAAUGUCCAAUUUGUUGUCAUUGACUUGAGAAAUCUAAGUUCGAUCAGCGUAGAUGUGGAAAACAAAUCUGCAUGGGUUCAAGCUGGAGCUACGCUUGGUGAACUUUAUUAUAGGAUUGCUGAAAGAAGUGAAAAUCUUGCCUUUCCUGCCGGUGAUUGCCACACUGUGGGUAUUGGAGGACAAAUCGGUGGAGGAGGCUACGGCUAUUUGACACGUAAAUAUGGGCUUGCAGCAGAUAAUGUUCUUGACGCAGAAUUAAUCGAUGUUAAAGGAAGAAUUCUUAAUAGGAAAUCUAUGGGUGAAGAUUUGUUUUGGGCCAUACGUAGUGGUGGACCAGCAAGCUUUGGAAUCGUUCUUGCAUGGAAACUUCGACUAGUUUACGUGCCGUCGACAGUGACUGUGUUUGAUGUAAAGAGGAGCAUGGAGGACGAUGCAACGAAGAAGGUUUUUCAUCGAUGGCAACGCCGUGCUGACAAAGUCGAUGAGUAUCUAUCAAUUUAUGUAAGGUUUCAAACUGAGAGUUCUAUUGAUAACGAAGGCAAUAAGAAAACUGUGCUAACAGCUUCCUUUCGCGCCACAUUCCAUGGCGGCGUGGAUAGGCUCCUCGAAUUGAUGCAAAAGGAGUUUCCUGAAUUGGGUUUGUUAAGAAAAGAGUGCACUGAGAUGAGAUGGGUCGAAUCUUUUCUCUAUCACAAUUUUUUCAGAAAUGGAGAAUCCUUGGACGUUCUACUUAAUAGGAAAUCUAAUUACAAGAUGGCGUCAUUCAAAGCAAAAUCUGACUUUGUAAAGGAGCCUAUUGCAGAUGAUGCGUUCGAAGGAUUGUUGGGAAGGUUGUACGAAGAAGAGGUAGGUAGAGUUAUGAUUGAUCUAUUUCCUUUCGGAGGGAAAAUGAACGAGAUUUCAGAAUCAGCAAUCCCAUUCCCAUACCGAGCUGGAAACCUCUACAACAUUCAUUACUUGGUGAAUUGGGAAAGUGGUGGAAAUAUUACCUCAUCUAACAAGCAUAUAAAAUGGGUAAGAAGGUUUUACCAUUACAUGACUCGUUAUGUGUCAAAAAAUCCGCGAGCUACAUAUCUCAACUUUAGAGACCUUGACAUCGGGGUAAAUAACAAUAAGGACGACACCACAAGUGCUUAUAAUAAUGUUGAACGAGCGAGGAUUUGGGGUACCAAGUAUUUCAAUAAUAAUUUCUACAAGUUGGUUUAUGUAAAGACAAUAGUUGAUCCAACUAAUUUCUUUACAAACGAACAAAGCAUUCCAUCUCUUCUCGCGAAUUAG